AUGGAGCCUCUAGACGGGUCCGCGGACACUGUCCAUCCGGAAGUGCGGGCGCACGUCAACUCGCUCGUCUCUGCGCUCGGUGGCAUCAGUGCCGAUGGCGACGGCCAAUAUCAGCUCGGCGACGACGCCCUCGAGGUGCUCCGCGACAUCAAACGAUGGAUCCGCUUCUACGACGAAAAGACGAACCGCAUGGACGUGGCACGAUGUAUCCGCGACGCCAACCUCGUCGAGGGCGACCUGUUGCCCAUCCUCGCGCAGUGGCCCGAGAACGCCAUGGACAACCGCUUCAAGGCCCGGAUCGCGCUGUCGUGCUUCGAGGUCAUGGUCCCGCUGACUUGGCCCAUGGAGCGCGACAAGGAGCGCAUGACGGUCAACCACCACCGCCACAUGCCCGUCCUGGAACUGGCGCAGGUGCAGUACAAGCGCGCCAUCAUCAACUUUGACGGCGCCCGCAUCCUCCACACUGCGGUACGCGCUGCUCUUCCCUCCAUGGCCAUACCCGCUGGCGACCGCACGCCCCGCGACCAGGGCAUCAUCAAGCUCGUUCUUUUCUUCCUCCGCAACAUGGCCAUGAUUACGCCACCGCCCGACGUGAAAUACGACGGAGACGAAACCCAGAUAUCGAGAUCGGCUACGAUCGAUGCAUUCUCCUACCAAGACAUCUUCAUCUUCAUCCUGACACUGGCGUCCAACAUGGGCGACGAGUUCCGCACCGAGGACACGACCGUCAUGGAAAUCAUAUACCACCUCGUCAAGCGCGUCGAUCAGCAGAAGCUCUUCAUGAACGAGCAGCAACUGAAUAAGGCCAAGGCCGGCGAGCUGUCUGCCAUGAUGAACAAGGAAUCGGCGAUGCUCAAGGCGUACAACCGCAAGGGCCCGACGCGGCAUAACCGGUUCGGGACCAUGGUCUGGGUCCAGCGCGACGACGGCAAGAUGUCGUCGCUCUCGGGACAGGACGCGCUGGCAGACGCAACGACGCGGAACCAAAAGAUUGAUAGCAGCAAGACGUUCAAGCCUCCUCGGCGGGCGAGGAAGGAGAACAAGGAUGAGCGCGAGCUGGGCCUCCCGCCGAAGCUCAACGCGCGGGCCAACGACCAGCUCCGCGGUUUCGUGGAAGAGUUCCUCGACUCGGGCUUCAACCCGCUAUUUCAGCAUGUGCGGAAGACCAUCGACCGCGAAGCUCCCCACGUGAUGCAGUAUCACAGGCGGCAAUUCUUCUACUUGGUGGCCUGGUUCCUUGAAGCCGAGCGCGUGAGACGAGCCUCUAAGAAGGGCGCCAGUCGGAGCGAGAGCGAUGUCAGCAGCUUCAACCUGGUGGCCGGCGUGCUGAAUCAGGAAAUGUUCAUCACGCUCAACCGGGCGCUGCACGAGUCGUACGACUUCAAGGACUGGCAGGAGCUGACGGCCGUGAUGCGAUGCUUUACACAGAUCCUCUUGACGGUACAGGAGAUGUCGGCGUGCGGCAACGACGACGACGAGGAAAUCGCCGAAAACGUGCUGAGCCGCUUGUUCUACGAAGAGUCGACGCACGACGCUAUUGCAAACAUCAUCCGUGGCUACAAGGACCAAGGCUUCGACUACCUCGAUGCCGCUACGGAGCUAGUGCACAACUACUUGCGCAUCCUGGAGGCCUACUCGAAGCAAAACGUCGACAUGCAGGUGCGGUCGCGCAAGCGGACACGACGCAAGAAGCGAGACGCUCAGGUGGUGGAGGGAGAAGACAACACGGAGGAGAAUGACGACUCGGCAGAUGACGAGCAAGACGCCGAGCGCACUUCCAAAGAGCGCAAGUUUGACUUUCACAGAUUCGCGGCCCGGUUCACGCCGCAGGGUGUGGUGGACACGUUUACGACGUUCACCAAGUACUACCGGGAUCUGAGCGAGGCACAGCUGAAGCGUGCGCACCGGUACUUCUACCGUCUCGCGUUCAAGCAGGACAUGAGUGUCAUGCUGUUCCGGGUAGACAUCAUCCACCUGCUGUACAACAUGGUCAAGGGGCCUGAGCCGCUCGACAAGUCGUCGAGCUCGUUCAAGGACUGGGAGGAGCUGGUGAAGCAGAUCCUGCGCAAGUGCUUCAAGAAGAUUGAGGAGCGGCCGGAGCUGGUGGUGGAGAUGCUCUUCAGCAAGCUGCAGGGCAUCGCCUUCUUCCUCGAGUACGGGUACGAGCGGCAGACGGCGGCCAGCAAGGCCAAGGCGCGGCCGGCGACGGAACUCGAGUUUCGGCACACCGAGGAGCGCGACCGGCAGGUGGCGAUUGUGGUGGGAGCGAUGCUGGACAGAAACGAAAACGACCUUAUCGACUGGGUGAAGCGCGUGCUGUCGGAUGCCGAGAACGAGCGGCGGUCAUGGGUGGCGGCGGAGCAGGCUCUGCCGUCGGUCGAGGACCCCUUUGAGGAGGAAUCGGCGGGGGACAAGGAGCCAAAGAAGCCUCCCAUGAUAACCAUACGCCCCGACGACCAAACCCGUCGGACAGCCAUGUUCAAGAACUCAUAUCUCCGCCUGCUCAUGACGGUGUGCGGCUUUCAACGGCUCGGUCCUGCCUCAGAAGAGACGGCCGAGUCUGUGUGGAUCGUCCCAGACGACAUUGCCGCGGACCAUCUCAAGGACUCGCUGCACUUCAUCAACCAGGCCGAGUUCAGCCCGCCAACGUUUGAAGACGGCGUCCUCGCAGAGCACCAGCUACGCCGCAAGACGGUGCCGCGCAAAAAGGCCGCCUUCGACGACGACGAAGACGGCGACGACGCCGCGCUCGAAGACGAGUUCCUCUUCCCCGCCGGCGGACCGACCGAGCACCGCGCCAUCGACGCGCCCAAGAAGGCCAAGAAGACGCGCCGCCGCCGCCGCAAGGACAGCGCCGAGCCGCCCGACGAGGCGGAGCUGGACGAAAAAGCCCGCCGCCGCCGCGAAAAGGAGCUCGAGAAGGCGCGGCGCAUCAAGUCGGCGCUGUACGUGCGCGAGGGCGACGACGAGUUCGACUCGGACGAGGACGAGGCCUUUUUCGCGCGUGAACGUGCCAUUGCCGAGCGUGCGAGGAAGGCGGCCGAGUCGGCGAGAGGGGAGCUCGAUCGAGACAUUACGGCGUCGACGGCGGGUCGCAAGAAGCGCAAGUCGGAGGCGCUGCUUGCGGUUAGCGACGACGAGGAGGACGACGAUGAGGACGACGACCUGCGGUUUGCGCAGCGGGUGCUGUCUAGCCAGGAGGAGCCGGCGGAGAGCGACACGGAUGAUACGCCGAUGGAUGUCAGCGAGGGAGAGGGUCGCAAGAGGAGGCGGCUGAGUGACGAGGCAGAUGGAGAGCAGGAAGAAGACGGCGAUGUGGACAUGGACGUGGAUGGAGUAGCAGCAAAGCAGCCGGACAGCGCUGCUGCCGAUGGAGAUGGCGACGGCGCCGCGGAUGGGGACGACGCACCGGUGGUGGUAACAAGACGGCCGCGGGUGAGGGGCGGCUUCGUCGUGGACAGCGACGAUGAUGACUAA